AACUCUAACCCCUUUCCAAAAUUCUAUAAAUUCCCCCUCAACCCCUCCCCAUUUUCCUCACUCACAUUGCCUUUCUCUCUCUUUCCUCUGCUUUUGAGUUUCCAAUAUCUUCAUGAAUAUGGGUGUUUCUGGGAUUUUCUUGGUAGGUUUACUAGCAAUGGUCUCAUCCGUAAAUGCAUCUGGAGGUGGUGGGUGGACUAAUGCACAUGCCACUUUCUAUGGAGGUGGUGAUGCUUCAGGGACUAUGGGUGGGGCUUGUGGGUAUGGAAACCUAUACAGCCAGGGAUAUGGUACUAAUACUGCAGCUUUGAGCACUGCUCUCUUCAACAAUGGGUUGAGCUGUGGAUCUUGCUAUGAGAUUAAGUGUGUGGGUGACCCCAAAUGGUGCUUGCCUGGCUCCAUUCUCAUCACAGCCACCAAUUUCUGCCCUCCAAACAAUGCGCUCCCUAACAAUGCAGGAGGUUGGUGCAACCCUCCUCAGCAGCAUUUUGAUCUCUCUCAGCCUGUCUUCCAACACAUUGCCCAAUACAAAGCAGGGAUUGUUCCUGUAGCUUACAGAAGGGUUGCAUGCAGGAGAAAGGGAGGCAUAAGAUUCACCAUCAAUGGGCACUCAUACUUCAACCUAGUGUUGAUCACAAACGUUGGUGGUGCUGGUGAUGUACAUGCCGUUUCAAUCAAAGGGUCAAGGACUGGUUGGCAACCAAUGUCAAGAAAUUGGGGCCAAAACUGGCAAAGCAACACCCUUCUCAAUGGCCAAGCCCUCUCAUUUAAAGUCACAACUAGUGAUGGUGGUACUGUGGUGUCUAACAAUGUUGCACCUGCCGGGUGGUCCUUUGGCCAGACUUUCUCUGGUGCUCAGUUCCGCUAGAGACAACACAACGAACUUGUCAUUGUCAAGCAAUUGCAGUCGGGUAGAAUUUAGAAUUUUAAGUUAUUAUAUUAGUAUACUAAUCAGUAUUUUAGUAUGAAGGGUUAGUAUAUUAGGGGUCUUGGGUAUAUAUAUAAUAUACUGUGUAUGGGCUCGGUGUUGGGCCGGGCCUGUCGGGUCAAAAUGAAAAGGACAUAUUUUAAAAUGGCUCUUUUUCAUUUUGAGCUAAUUUGAUUGUUGUUUCAGGUUCAAGGAACACUUAUUAUUAUUAUUCCGGGGGAUCUUUUUUGCCUUUCCUGUGUUGGAAAGCGGGGGAUGGGAGUGGCAGAGGUGGAUUUUUACCACCCGCCAUUAGUGUUUGAAGUAAGCUCAAUUUUUUAUUUGGCUUGUAAUGUAAUUGUAAUCAGCAUUUGGCUGAGUAUGUCCUUGGUUAUCAUGUUGGAAUUGUAUGAGACUAAGGUGUGUGUAUAUUUCCAAUCUAUUUUACUAGUUAAUGAGACUACUUUUAUUAUAUGGCGUUUUUUA